AUGUACACACGUACGAAAUCCGUCGUGACCGGCUGCAAGUCCUCUGGGACAACGUCGAAGCCGCUUAUUCCACAUGUGCUGAUGCACUGCAUCAAGACGGCGACGGUGAAGGCACACAGGCGAUGGAGGCUAAGUACGAUCACUGCUAUGCAGUGUACGAGCGGUGUCUCGCCCGUGUUAAGGGGCAAAUUACCCAGGUUUCCGGGUCCAGCAGGAGUGAACCAUCCGUUCCUCCUUUUCACGGCCAUCUAUGUCAACAAUCCAAGGUUGACCCCGGUCGAGAAACUUUUCCAUCUGAAUUCGAAGACCGCAGAUGAGGCCAAUGAAAUAGUAGCGAAAUUUCCGCUGACGAACGAUGGUUUCGCGUCGGCUUGGGGUGCUCUCUGCGAACGGUUUGAGAACAAGCGCUUGUUGAUCACAAGCCAGUUGAAGAUCCUUUUUAACCUGUCCACGGUUACCCAAGAGUCGGGAGCAGCUAUCAAGGAACUGCAGAGCACGAUUCAGCGUUGCUUGACCGCUCUUGAGCAUUCAGACAUUUCCGUCUGUAGCCCGUUCGCAGAUUGCAUCCUUGUUUUCCUCUGCUCGUCCAAACUUCCCAAGCUCACACUCUCGUUGUGGGAGCAGUCGUUGGUGGACAAAGCGAAAAUUCCCGCAUGGCAGGAUAUGAGCACGUUCCUCAAUGAGCGUUACCGUACGCUCGAAGCUAUUGAGGACGUAAAACAGACUGCCAAUUCACAAAUCGCGACUGCAGGACCAUCCCGUCCGCAGAAUUCGAAGCGAGUCAACUCCUUUGAGGCCCGAGUCACUCCGAAAAGCAAAUCGUGUGACUUGUGCUCAAAGGAGAAUCACCCUGUCCGGGUGUGUCCGCGUUUCUUGCAAAUGUCGGUCAACGAGAGGAUGACAUACAUCAAACAGAAAAGUCUCUGUUUGAACUGUUUCGCAAGAGGUCACCAACUCCGAGAGUGUACAAGUGCGCACAAUUGCUUUACAUGCAAAGGGCGGCACAACACUCUUCUCCAUCGGGGUGACAGUGCCCACAAUGGUGCCUCUUCAUCGUCCAACAUACAGUCCACUCCAAAUCCAACGGCAACAAAUGUGCAGAAUUUCUUUGCUAAUAACGCUCAGAAUGUCCUUCUCGGCACGGCGGUCAUCAAUGUUUGCCACUUGGGCACUACAUAUACCGCACGUGCGUUAAUUGAUUCCGGGUCCGAAGCGACCUUCAUUUCUGAGCGUUUGUUCCAACGCAUUAAGUUGCCUUUCCAGUCCGUGCGAGCCCAGGUAUCCGGGCUAAAUCACGCAGUUGCGGCCCAAUCGCAGAAGUUAUGUCACUUCAGCAUUGGUUCUCCGACGAAGCCGAGGCUCCAUAUCGAGACUUCGGCAUUUGUAAUUCCACAGUUGGCAGGCAAACUGCCCUCCUUCGAUAUGCCGCGAACUUUCCUCAAGGAUCUACCAGCGAUAGAACUGGCAGAUCCACAUUUCUACAAGAGCGCUCAGAUCGAUGUACUAAUUGGCGCGGAUAUCCUUCCGUCGGUCAUCUUGAGCGGCUCCCGGCCAAACAUUUGUGGCUCACUCCUUGGGCAGGAAACCGUGUUUGGCUGGAUUCUUACCGGCCCUGUCUCCCAGAGUAUGUCGACAACUGUUUCUGCGUUUCGACAAGAGUCGCCCUCCAAGCAGACGAACAGCUCGACAGCCUACUUUCCAAAUUUUGGGAGGUGGAGGAUAUUCCAGCGAAGCAUAAAGGAGUCAGACUUCGUUUGCGAAGAGAAUUUCGUUAAGACUACUUCUCGUAGCACAUGUGGCAGAUAUCGGGUGACUCUUCCAUUCCGGAAGCCCGAUGGCAUUGAACUGGGUCAUUCCAGAUCUAUAGCGCUGGCUCAAUUCCUCAAGAACGAGAAUCGUUUGUCAAGAAACGAUUCUCUAAAGGAACAGUACAAUGCCGUUCUCCAGGAGUACGUGGACUUGGGUCAUAUGACACCCAUAUCGCCUCAAGCGAUUGGCACGACUCCUAAUUUCUACCUGCCUCACCACGCAGUAUUCAAACCGGAUAGCACCACAACGAAGGUGCGGGUCGUUUUCAACGCAUCUUGUCCAUCCUCAAAUGGCAAGAGUCUGAAUGAUAUCCUUCAUUCAGGGCCCAUUCUCCAAUCGGAUCUUACGAUGCAGAUCCUCCGAUGGCGAUACUAUCGAUAUGUGUUCAAUGCGGACAUAACGAAGAUGUAUCGCCAAAUCCUCAUGGACUCAAAGCACACACCGUUCCAACGAAUUCUGUUCCGCACGUCGGACGGUGUGAUCCGUGACUUUGAGUUGAACACGGUGACAUUCGGUGUCAACUGUGCGCCUUUCCUGGCUCUACGAGUCCUUCAGCAACUUGCUGAUGACAUACGCUUGGAGUAUCCUCUCGCAAGCCAUGUCAUCUCCAACAAUAUGUACGUGGACGACGUCCUAGCGGGGACACACACAAGAGAAGAGGCCAUCCGGACCAUUACGGAAGUGUGUGCUGCCCUGGACAGUACUUCCUCGAACUCGAAGACUCUAGUACGGCGAAAACUCUGGAGGGAAGUGCUCUCGCAAAUCGCUAAGCUUUUCGACCCAGCCGGGUGGCUGGCCCCUUUCGUUAUCCGAGCCAAGAUCUUCAUGCAGGAGAUCUGGCUGAGAACGCUCGAAUGGGACGAGCACCUACCCACGGAUCUUUCACUCCAAUGGAAGGAGUACCUCCAGAGCUAUCCUGCUCUGGGAAAGAUCCUUCCAAGAUGGGUCCAAUUCCAGACACGAGUGAAGCUCCAGUACCACGGAUUCUGUGAUGCGUCAGAAAGGGCGUAUGGAGCAGCGAUCUAUGUCCGUGUGGAAACGGCGAACAAGGUUUCCACACAUCUCCUUACUGCGAAGACAAAGGUGGCUCCGGUCAAGUCUCUCUCAGUGCCACGUCUGGAGCUUUGUGGCGCAGUCCUGUUGGCUGAGUUAUCUGCUGCCCUCCUCCUGAACCUGCCAGCAGAAAGUUUCCACUUUCUUUGGACCGACUCAACAAUUGUUCUCGCCUGGUUGAACAAGCCACCCUGCCGAUGGACAACCUUUGUGGCCAAUCGAGUGGCCAAGAUUGUCCAAGCCAGCGACGCCAAGAACUGGUCGCAUGUGCGAUCCGAGCACAAUCCGGCAGAUCUGGCAAGCCGUGGUGUCCUGCCACAAGAAUUGGUUCGUAAUCCGUUGUGGUGGCAUGGACCAGAGUGGCUUCAUCUCCCGUCGGAUCAAUGGCCAUCUUCUCCACGUCCCAUUCCGGAGACUCUGCUGGAGCAGCGGAUUAAAUGCAACGUCGCUAAGUCGCCUCCGACUCCCGACUUCCUGAGCAGGUUCUCUGAGUUUGGCAGGGCACUGCGCACGUCUGCCUAUGUUCUCCGAUUCAUCGAUAGGAGUCGGAAGUUGGCAGUUCCAAGCUCUACCGUGGUCCAGGCGGAUGAGCUGUCACGGAUCCAAGAGCGGCUAAUCGUCAUGGCUCAACGUCACACUUUUCCACAAGAAUACCAAUGUCUGCAGUCCAAGCAGCAGGUUCCUUCCUCAAGUUCAAUCCGAAACUUGAACCCUUUCCUCGAUGGCAAGGGGAUUCUACGGGCCUGUGGGCGUCUGACGGCGUCCCACUCGCUGCGUUACGAUGAGAGUCAUCCAAUCAUCCUAUCGUACUCCUCGUCCUUUGCACGACUACUGGUGCGUUUCACCCAUCGUAUAUCCUUACAUGGGGGUAACCAAGUCGUUAUGCGGCUGAUCCGUUCCAGGUUCUGGAUUCCCAAAUUGAAGGUCCUCGUUAAAUCCACCAUCAACUCCUGCAAGGUCUGCGUCAUCUACAAGAAGAGAUUGCAGACCCAAAUGAUGGGGGACUUGCCCAAGGAAAGGGCGUCCUACUCGAGACCUUUCACGCACACUGGAGUCGACUUCGCCGGCCCAUUCGAAAUAAAGAAUUAUACUGGCCGAGCCUGCCUCAUCACCAAAGGGUACGUCUGCGUCUUCGUGUGCUUCAGCACGAAGGCAAUCCAUUUGGAGGCAACAUCGGAUCUCACGACGGAGAAAUUCCUGGCCGCAUUCUCCCGUUUCAUCGCACGGCGCGGGUGUCCACACCAAAUGUAUUCGGACAACGGGAAAACCUUCGUUGGAGCUGACAAGGUGAUCUCCAACGACUUCUUGGAAGCGACGAGGGAGUGCAUCAUCGCACAACAUGCCCACAAGAGCCUAUCCUGGCACUUCAACCCGCCGGGCGCCCCGCAUAUGGGUGGUUUAUGGGAAGCCGGCGUAAAGAGUUUUAAGGCACUCUUUACAAGGCGACCUCCACCUCGAAAUAUACGUUCGAAGAGUUGUCCACUCUUCUCGCUAAGAUCGAAGCCUGCCUGA